AUGGAAGAGGUCCUCUGCGUUCUCCACUGCUUUGACACCACCAGCAAGAACCAGCCCAUCAGCAGCCAGAACCAGCCCGUCUACAGCCAACCCCAGGACCAGCACGUCAGCAGCCAACCGCAGAACCAGCCCGUCUACAGCCAGAACCAGCCCAUCUACAGCCAACUCCAGGACCAGCCCGUCAGCAGCCAACCCCAGAACCAGCCCAUCUGCAGCCAGCCCCAGGACCAGCCGAGUUUACCCAGGUUUGGACACUGUCUACUUGAGAAGAAGAAGGUUUUGGCCAACUACGGGAAGGCUGUGAGUGACUACGUUGAGAAGACCACAGUAGUGGAGGCCAAUGGCCCCAGAACAUACAGUACAUCCCCAAGAGACAAGUCCCUGCUGUCAAGGAGGUUAGCGCCUUGUCCCCAGGAGGUUAGCGCCUUGUCCCCAGGAGGGCCGCAUCCGAGUGAAAAAAGUAUCAUCCUGAACGAAUUCUUAAAGAAACUGCAGAAAGCCACAGUACAGAAAGCCACACUGCAGAAACCCACACUGCAGAAACCCACACUGCAGAAUGCCACACUGCAGAAAGCCACACUGCAGAAAGCCACACUGCAGAAAGCCACACUGCAGAAACCCGCACUGCAGAAACCCACUCUGCAGAAACCCACACUGCAGAAACCCACACUGAGAAACCCACACUGCAGAAACCCACUCUGCAGAAACCCACACUGCAGAAACCCACACUGA